GCCUCGACUCCCGGGGGCUGGAGGAGUUACCUUUGGAGCCCGAAAGGAGGAAGGAAGCAAAAUAUCAACAACGCCGAGGCGUCUCGGGCGCUCGGCCCCGGUCCCCCCUGCCCGCCGCGCGCCUGCCCGCCCCCGCGCCCACGGCGGGGGCCCAGGCCCCCCGGCGCCGCCCAGGGCCCGCGCGGACGCCGGCCUCAUUUGUUAUUCCCCCCCGUCCGGAGCUGCGGCUGCCCGGUGUUGAAGAUCCCCCGGACCGGGGGCGAGGGCCACCCCUCCCAGCCGUGACACCCCCUUCCCCCAGCGGGGCCGGACGCUGUGCAGAAGGUGUCCUGCAGACCAUGAACUGAGCCCUGGUUCCAGGCUGUUCAUGAGCACAGUGUGAGGCGUGCCGAGACCUGCUACCCAGCAAUCCCCUCCCCUCCCUAGCACUGAGGAUCCCCAGAGAAGAUGGGGAGGAAAAAGAUUCAGAUCCAGCGAAUCACUGAUGAGCGGAACCGACAGGUGACAUUCACCAAGCGCAAGUUCGGACUGAUGAAGAAGGCGUACGAGCUGAGUGUGCUCUGUGACUGUGAGAUCGCGCUCAUCAUCUUCAACCACUCCAACAAGCUGUUCCAGUAUGCCAGCACCGACAUGGACAAGGUGCUGCUCAAGUACACGGAGUACAACGAGCCUCACGAGAGCCGCACCAAUGCCGACAUCAUCGAGGCGCUGCACAAGAAGCACAGGGAGUGUGAGAGCCCCGAGGUGGACGAGGUGUUUGCCCUGACCCCCCAGACGGAGGAGAAGUAUAAAAAGAUAGACGAGGAGUUUGAUAAAAUGAUGCAGAGUUAUAGACUGGCCUCAGCGGUGCCGGCCCCCAACUUUGCCAUGCCCGUCACGGUGCCCGUGUCCAGUCAGAGCUCACUGCCGUUCAGCAACCCCAGCGGCUCUCUGGUCACCCCUUCCCUGGUGACGUCAUCCCUCACGGACCCGCGGCUCCUGUCCCCCCAGCAGCCCGCACUGCAGAGGAACAGCGUGUCUCCGGGCCUGCCCCAGCGGCCGGCCAGUGCAGGGGCCAUGCUGGGGGGAGACCUCAACAGUGCUAAUGGAGCCUGCCCCAGCCCUGUCGGAAAUGGCUACGUCAGUGCCCGGGCUUCCCCUGGUCUCCUCCCUGUGACCAACGGCAACAGUCUCAACAAGGGCAUCCCUGCCAAGUCUCCGCCCCCGCCCACCCACAGCGCCCAGCUUGGAGCCCCCAGCCGCAAGCCCGACCUGAGGGUCAUCACUUCCCAGGGAGGAAAGGGGUUGAUGCAUCACUUGACUGAGGACCAUUUAGAUCUGAACAAUGCCCAGCGCCUUGGGGCCUCCCAGUCUACCCACUCACUCACCACGCCAGUGGUUUCCGUGGCAACACCGAGUUUACUCAGCCAGGGCCUCCCCUUCUCCUCCAUGCCCACUGCCUACAACACAGAUUACCAGCUGAGCAGUGCCGAGCUCUCCUCCCUCCCAACCUUCAGCUCGCCCGGGGGGCUGUCGCUAGGCAGUGUCACCGCCUGGCCUCAGCCUGCGCAGCCGCCCCAGCCCCAGCCGCCCCAGCCGCCCCAGCCGCCCCAGCCGCCGCCCCAGCCACCCCAGCCGCCCCAGCAGCCACCCCAGCCGCAGCCCCAUCUGGUCCCCGUGUCUCUCAGCAGCCUGAUCCCGGGCAGCCCUCUGCCCCACGUGGGGGCCGCCCUCACAGUCACCACCCACCCCCACAUCAGCAUCAAGUCGGAGCCGGUGUCCCCUAGCCGCGAGCGCAGCCCCGCGCCGCCCCCUCCAGCUGUGUUCCCGGCGGCCGCCCGCCCGGAGCCUGGCGACGGCCUCAGCAGCCCGGCCAGCAGCUCCUACGAGACCGGGGACCGGGACGACGGACGGGGGGACUUCGGGCCCACGCUGGGCCUGCUGCGCCCAGCCCAGGAGCCCGAGGCCGAGGGCCCCGCUGUGAAGAGGAUGCGGCUCGACACCUGGACAUUAAAGUGACGAUUCCCAGCCCCCUCCUCAGCCUCCCUGACGAAGAGUUGACAAUCUCACCGCCCACCCCUCCCAGCCCUGGGCUCCUCCCGCUCGACCCCCACUUCCUUUUGUGCUCCGUGUCCUGUUGACGGUUACAUUUGUGUAUAAUUAUUAUAUUAUUAUUAUUAUUAUUAUUAUAUUUUUUUUAAUUUGGAUUCUCGCUUUGGAGAGGAGGAUGCUCCUGUCCCCUCUUUCUGCACCCCCCCCGCCAUUUUACUGGCUGGGGGGGGGCUAUUUUUUGCGGGAAGGGGGGACACUUUGCACGUUGUACACAUAUGCUGCAGGAGGGGGUGGGGAGCCCGAUAGGCCUUUGGGACAGGACAGGUGCCGAGCCCUGCAUGCGGAGCCCUCCCACCCCAUCCCCCAGAUAGAGGGAGAUAACCAAAAAACCUACCAAACCACAAAAUCCCUUAUAAUAUACUGAAACCCCAAAGUCGGCCUGAUGGGUGGGUUUGUGUUUCAGGGGGCAAGAGAGCCCAGGUUCUGAAGAGUUUCUGUGUCUGGGCUAUUUCCUUUUGGCCACAGGCACAUGGGGUGAAAUGCCCAAGCCUGGCCCCCCAGUGCCCCUGCACACACACGACACUCUCACGGAUUCAUGUGUGAGCUGCACCCCCAAGGUGUGGGGGUGCCGGCCGAGCCUCUGGGCUGGGAAGGCUGCCUGGGAUUCGGAGGCUGGGGGCAGGGUUUGAGGUGGGGGCCCCUCGGAAGCACAUUUGGAAAGACGGAGAGCCAUGAGGAGGGGCCGAGAGCUGGGGUGAGGGGUGACUCGGGGCCCCCUUCCGUCCCUGGCAGUUUCUCUAAGAUGAACAGUGCAAUAGCUCCCCGUCCCUGGGCUGACACCGGCCCCCGAGAGCAGGCCACAAAGUGCAGGGAGGACGGGGAGGGGGGCAGCUCCAGUGAGGUGGCUCAGCAGGACCGGAGCCCCGGCAUCCAGGGGCAAGUGUGAGUGGGGGCUCUCUCUUCCUUGCACGGACACAUCCCCAAAGGAGGGACACUGGGGUGGCGUGAGGGUGGGAGGCCAGCCUGCCUCCUUUCGUCCUGGGCCCUCCCCAGCCCCCUCCCAGCUCCUCCCGCCCCGACCCCACCUCCCUGGUCGCCUACCUCCUGUCCCACCUACCCCCACCUCCCCCCCCCCCCCCCCCCCCCCCCCGCAGCCCACCUUCCCUCUUGGCUACUGUAACUGUAAAUAGCAACCUUUGGAAAACGUUAGCAGUGUAACAGUCCAGGAAACUGUUUUUUUUGUUGUCGUUGUAUUGAUAUGAAAUGAGAUUCUAUUUUUGUCAAAGUAUAUUGUAAUAAUAAUGACUCAAGCGGCCCGUACUGUACAGAUGAGACUCUUCUGCUGUUGUUCUUGCUCCCCGCCCCGCCCCUCUCUGCUGGGACCUCAGGCUGGACCCAGAUCAGACGGGAGGGGGCAGGCCCCCAGCCUGCCAUCCAGAGGGGGCUGGCCCGAGUGGGCAGGUGGCGUGUGCAGGCGGACAGGGGGUCUGCCCCGGUCCUACACCUGCACCCAGCUCCUCUGCCCCAGGGGCGCACCGCUCCCUGGGGGUGUCACCCCAGUAGGACAGUAGACAGUAGACAAGGCCCAGCUUUGCGGUCCUGCCUCUGUGACCCAGCCGCUUGCAGUAUUCCGACACUUGACGCAGGGAGGGAACCAGAAGCAGGAGCGUAUGUGACCACACGUGUACCUGAGCGUGUCCGUGAGGGCAUCCGGUAUCUGUGUGUGUAUGGUGGCGUGGACGUACUGGUGUGUGUCUCUGAGCCCAUCUGGGCCUAUCCACGGAUCUGUGUGAAUCGAGCUCCGAGGGCAUGUCCGUGUGUGCACGUGCCUGGUGUUUGCGGAGGGACAGUGGCCGCUGGGCUGCACAGCCCUGGCUCUCAGCUCCACGCCCCUCCUGCUUGGCCCCUGCCCCAGUCCACCCUCCGCUUUGACAGGUUUGGACCACAGUUGGGGGGGGGGAUCUGGCAGCUGCCCCCUUCGCCUCUCCCUGGGGCCCUGCUUCUCCUGGGCUCCACGCACAAGUGGCCACCCGGUCCCUGGUCCUUUGCACACACACGCAGCUGCCCUUCCUGCUCGUCCCCCACCCCAGUCCUGCUUUCAGGGUGACACUCAUGAUCCUCUUCCUUCUUGAAGCUUCUUCUUUGGGCCGUGAUCCUUCCUUACUCAGAGUUCAAGCCCCACCUGCUGAUUGGGCACACGGCAUGUCCCAACCUACUCCGUGGGUUCCUAGAGGGAGUUUGAAGAGUCGACAAGACUUGAUCAGGGCCUCAAAGUACACCAGGGUAUAGGCUUGCGCAUGCACGCGUCCCCAGAGCCUUGCCCGGUGUCUGGCACAUAGUUGGUGCACAGUAAAUGCCGAAUGGGUGAGCGAUAGGUGCUCAAUAAAACUCAAGUGACUGGCUUUCCCUUCUCAGGCUGUUCCGGGCAGCAGUCCGCCCACCUUUGGAAGCUGGGCUUGGCCGCCACUAGACACACGGUGGGGACGAGAGCCCCUGUGGUUCACGGUGCAAUAUUCACCAGUUUUGCCCUCUGCCUUGUAAUGGCAAACCUGGCUUUUGAUUACCGUGUGUGUGUGUGUGUGUGUGUGUGUGUGUGUCUUUCCUCUCUCUCCCUGGGGCAGGGGGUGGGUCUGUGAAUGAAUAUGUGACAUUUCUGCAAUUCAGUAUCCCAAGGUUUCUCUUGGGGGUAGGGGCUCCUGGCUGGCCAGACGCAUGGGUCCCUGGGAACCCAGACCUCAAGGGGGGGGCUUCAUUUCUUCCUCUCGCAAAGCCAAAUUUGCCUCCACCUACUCCUUCCUCCGAAGAACUGGGCGUUUGCCAAAGUAAUCACUGGAGUCACCCCGUGCCCCUCCCUCCCCCAGCCUUCCCACAGCUUCCAGGGACAGUGGGCAAGAGGACCCUCCCAUUCCACUGGGACGCACCGUUCCUCCCCUCCCCAGCAGUGCCCUCGAUGCAGCAAGACUGACCCCUGACCUUUACCCAGCCCUCCCCACCUUGGACAGGAAGGAAUUAAUGCACCUUCUCUUGAUGAUUAUUUAUUUGUUUGGAGAGACAGAAAUGAUGUAAAAGUGUAUCUAGAAAUAUCUAUAUCUAUAUAUUUUUAACUGACUCUUUGGAAUCCCCUGGGGUGGGGUGGGGGUGAAUUUAGGCUUUCGUAGAGGAGAGGAGACCUGGAGCCUGGGAACUCUUGUCCUCUCCUCUGCCACCUCUGUCCACCCCCUAAGCGAUGGUGGAAGCUGUGGGAUUUGUGUGGGGGCAGGGGCUCGAAUGUUCUAUGGAGAAUCUGGAUUCUCUUUGUCUUCCCCAUUCAAGUCCCAAAGGGAAGGGGGAGAGGGAGGGAGGCAUGGAGCUGCCCCCCCAAAACCCGACAAUCACCCACACUCCUGGGGCUGCUCCUGGGUCCUGGGCAGGGCGAGUCCAAGUGUGUGGCUGUUGAUUUGUUUUCAAUAUUUCUUUCCGUGCUGUAUGGUGAUGCUUUCUUAGUAUUCUACACAAUAAGGAGACAAAGUCCUCGGGAUUCUUAUGAGUUUUGUUUGAAAACUCUUUCACUAUAUUUGUUGUAAAGAGGUUUACUAUUAAAAAGAAUACACGUUUCUGAUA